UGUGUAGAUUUAGCCAACUCUGGACGUAAAGACUGCGGGAUUAAAUUCUUGCGCCUCUUGCGUAUUUUUUUCGCAUGACAGGGAAAAGGCUGUGAUAUGCUAUUCUGGUUGUCAUCCAUGUACGGGACGGUCUCCAGCCUUCUCCAGCUCACAGCGAUUCGUGGCGUCAUAGGAUUUUCCAUCCUUAUUCAAAUGGGAAUACACAGCACUGGGGAAGAAUUCCGAAUUGAUCUGGAUUUGCGCCCAUCUUGCAGGGCCAGCGGUGCUUUCCGAGUCGAUACUGCCAGGUACUACCUUGAUCCAGAUGGUACUUAUGGCAAAUACCUGGCAAAAAUUUGUCAAGGUACCCAAAGACGCUUCUCAGCUAUGUCUCGUUCUCAAAGACUAUAGGGUGCAUAGGUGAUGUUCUCAGCGUCUCUAAGAAUGUAGAUAGCUAAUGGCUGGA